AUGAAUAUGACAGCUCACCCGACGCAAAAUGAUUUUGGUGUUUUUGAACGGCCACUGUACGGGCAACUAUACUUUUUAGAUCCUGAUGAAGCCGUUAAUGAAAGAGUUAACCAUCCACUUAAUUCUGGAAUUACUACCUCAAUGAUGAAGUUAUUGGAGUUCAUCAUUCGAGCGCAUAAUCGCUAUGUACAGGGAUAUAUAAUGAUGCGAGAAGUAGAGGACGAAAUGAAUCGGUUAACUUCUGCUCAAGGGUUACCCCCACCAUACGUAAAACUUUUAUUUAGAGUUCCAGAUCAAGUUGAUCGCAGAAGGUUUAAUAUACCGGCGUGUAAUGAGGUUUGUGCAGUUUUUACACUAAAUGCUGAUCAAAGCUUUCCGGAUAAUGAAAUGAUUGUUCACCAGCGCAAUAAAAAAAAUGUCUAUUUAAAGAAUGUUGAUAGGAGAGUUGAGCCAUUUACUUACCCAUUAUUUUACCCAACCGGCACAGAUGGCACAGAUGAUUUGCAGUUACAAACGUCUUAUGCCAGCCGCAGUCAUUUAACUCGGCUUGAACUGGCACAACACAGACUUUCGUUUCGACCUGAGUUUGUUAAAUUUUUAACAGAAUCUACAUCAACAGAAGAACCCGAUGUCCGGGAACUUUCAUUUAAUGCACUGCAUUUUGGGGGCCGAUUAUUUCAACAAUAUUUAGUUGAUACUUACAUUCGUGUAGAACGUGACCGUAUUCAGUGGAUAAAAUAUAACCAAAAUAAGAAUUUAGCUGAACAAUAUACGGGAGUAACCAGUUUCCUUAAUCAACUUGUCGAAAAGAAAAAUGCCACAGUUGAAGAUAAAACAAUCUUGCAACAGCUUCCACAAGAUCGUCCUGAUAUCGUGGCUCGAGUCGCUAAGUUAAAAUUGGACCAAAUAAUAGAAGAUUUAGAUAAAAAACAAGUCUUUGGAAAGGUAUCGGCUUUUGUAUACACCAUAGAAUUUCAGAAACGUGGAUUACCACACAUGCACCUGCUUAUAAUUAUGACACCCGGUGACAGGAUUCAUCAAGCAGAAGAGCUCGAUGACUUGAUUUCAUCCGAAAUACCCCAAAAUGAUGACUCAGAGUUAAGAGAAUUGGUACUCAAAUGGAUGAUUCACAACCCAUGUGGUGAUUUAAAUCCCAAUGCAACAUGUAUGGUUCACAAAAAUGGAAGAACAAAAUGUCGAUUUGACUUUCCAAAAUCGUACCAGGAAGUUACAUCUUUAGUAGAUGAUGGUAAACCAAAUUACCGACAACGCUACAAUCCGCAGUUGGACCCUAAUAGUUCCCAAUUUUCACACGAACAUGCAGUUUAUCGCAAAGACGUAAACGGUCGUCGUAUAACACGAGAUAAUCGUCAUGUAGCCCCCUACAACGCAUAUUUAUUGAAAAAAUUUAAUUGUCAUAUUAACUUUGAGUACGUAGGGAGUAUUUUGGCUGUGGAAUAUCUUUAUAAAUACAUUUAUAAAGGAUAUGACUGUGCAUCGAUCAAAGUUGUAGAAGAACAAAGGACCCUGAUUUAUAAUGAAGCAAAUACAUACAUUGAAGGACGUUGUGUCACGUCACCAGAAGCAUGUUGGCGAUUAUUUGCUUUUGAAAUUCAAAAAAAAGUCAUAGUGUCCAACGAAUGGAUAUUCAUUUACCAGGACAAUAUCGGAUUGCAAACUUGGAUCAAAUCCAUGAAGAUUUAG